AGUACAUAUGACAAUAGCCGUAUUGGGGAGGGUUUAAGCCACCUCUAGCCGUGAGAGACCCCGUCGAAGGAAGCCGCCAAUGAUGAAGCUCGUCUGCAGGGUCUGCAACAGCGGAGCUCCCAUGCUCUUGCGCCAGCGGUGGUUCGGCUCCCAGCUUGUGGCGCCGGCGGGUGUACUCAAGUCCACGGAGGAGUUGCCGCCGCUGCCCAAGGGUUGGCACGACUGCCUCUACAAUCGGGUCGCCGCCAGCGGGGACCCCAGGCGCUCCAUCGUCCCCCUGCUCGAGCGCUGGGUCCAGGAAGGCAGGCCGGUCGACCAGAGUGACCUUCGGGAGAUGGUGAAGAAGAUGCGCUCCUUUCGUAGAAACUUUCACGCCCUCGAGAUAUCUACAUGGAUGAGCGAUAGGAGGUACUUCUGCUUGUCACCUGGUGAUGUUGCAGAUCGGUUGGACUUGAUUAAAAAAGUUCAUGGCCUUGAGCAGGCAGAAAGUUUCUUUGGUAACUUACCAAAACAAUUAAAAGUUUAUCAAGUUCAUGGUGCUCUUCUGUCUUGCUAUGUACAAGACAAAUGUGUGGAGAAGGCAGAGGCUUUCUUCCAUCGAAUGGAGGAGGCAAACAUGCUUGAUAGUUUUGCUUUCAAUAUGUUGAUGAAAAUGUACAAUGACAUUGGACAGCUUGCAUUAGUGGAUAAGAUCUUUCAAAAAAUGAAAAACAAGGGGUUUGCUCCUGACAUUUUCACCUACAACAUUCUGAUAGAAGCAUAUGCCACGGGUGCCAAUGUGGAAGGGGUAAAAAAGGUUCUUGGAAGUAUGAAGCAUUCAGAAAUUGCAGCCAGUUGUUACACAUACGCAAUUGCAGCUAAAGGUUAUGUGAAAUCUGGGUUGAUUGACGAGGCUCUAGUUCUUCUCGAGGAAUCAAAGAAACUGAUGCCUCGGAGAAAGGGCAAUGAUGCUUAUGGGUUUUUGAUCUUGAUUUAUUCUGACAUCGGAGAUAAAUCUGAGAUGUACCGAGUGUGGAAUAUGUACAAGUCAUCGGAUAAGGUAGCUACCUCAAUGUAUAUGUGCAUGAUGGGUGCACUUCUAAAGCUGGAUGAUGUAGAGGGCGCAGAAGCCAUCUUGAAGGAGUGGGAAUCUGUGACUUCUUUUCAUGAUUUUAGAUUGCCAAAUCUUCUACUUGGAGCGUAUUGUACAAGAGGUCUUCUGGAGAAGGCGGAACUAUUAGUAAACAAAGCCAUUGAAAGUGGCCUGGCCCCUUAUGCUAAUGCGUGGGAUAGGUUAGCUAGUUUAUAUUUUGAUUGUGGGCAGAAUUUGAAAGCAGUGGAGGCGAUGAAGAAGGCACUGGCAGAAGGGCAAGCGCCAUGGAAGCCAAAUCCUGCUAGUGUCAUGAGAACCUUAGAGUACAUGAAAGAACAAAAGGGUGUGGAAGAAGCAGAAGGGAUUGUGAAGUUGUUGAAACGUCAUGGUCCCCUGGCACAAGAAAUCUAUAAUUGCUUGCUCACUAUUUAUAUGUGGGCAGGGAAAUCAACUACUGACCUGCUUGAGCAAAUGGCAGAAGAUGGAUUUCGUGCGGAUGAAGACACAUUUAAAAUACUAGAAGAGAAAAGUGAAAAAAUCAUACCUCAAAGAACAAGGAAAAAGAAGAAAAAUGUCGAGCAGAAAGCUAUCAAAGGUACGGAAACAGAUUGCAAGUCUGCAAAGUUAGCAGCUUAAUUUUCAUGUUGAAGCCAGCAUUUGUAGCUUGUUGGUGUCAACAUGAUCUUGAUAGAGACAGAUAUCUGUAUACUUUCAACAAUAUCCAGACAGGAGCCUUAAGCAUGUGCCUGAGCAUAUGCGGACAUGCCAUAUUUCUUUACCAGCUAUUAUUUACAUCCUCUAUGUGGACAUGUGUCUUCUGAUAUGUUUCUUUCAUGUUACUGUACCAGCUAGUGUGUCAUCAGUUCAUCCUGAUUCUUAAUCCUAGACUAGUUUAGCUA